CUAAAGGCUGUAGAAUGGGAUCCUCUAAACGCCGAGGAGCGCAUGGGCGCUAGAAAGCUCGACCUGGAUGGACAGUAGAGCGGCCGGACAGUUCUUAUGUACAGAGGCUACGCCAGGCUUAUUUAGAGAGGCUCCGUUUUAUCUAUUGCGCUUUUAAGCUAGCCUACCCUUACUCUCUAACUUUUUGGCAGUCACUUGGUGUCUUUUGCAUAGAUGGCAGGAAAAUGAGAGUGUGAAUGGGGAUGUCUCUAAAUAAGGGUACUUGAGCCCAGGGUCCGCCUUCUCCAGGGAGGCUGGGCUGGAACCUCGGUGGGAGAUAGUUCGAGGAUGAGCCCGCUAGUGUGGUGUAAACUAAAUCCAGGGCCUGGUGGCUAUUAUCAUAUUUACACUGGAGAUUCCCAAGCUUGGCUGCGUAUUAGAAUCACCUAGAGAGUAGUGAAAUAUUCCAGUGCCCAGCUCACAUACCAUACCAAAUUAAAUAUCAAGGGGUAGAGCCAGUCAUGUUUUAAAGAUCCUUGGGUGAGUCCAAUGUGCAGCAAAGUUUGGGAACUACUGAACGAGACCAGAAAUGAUCGUAACUUGAAUCGGAAGAGUAAGCUGUAGAGAUGAUGAGAAGUGUUCAGAUUCUGAAAAUAUUUUGGAGAUUUCAACACGAUUUCCCGACAGACCAGAUAUGGGAUGUGAGAGAAAUAAAGACAUCAACAUCAAGCUUUUGGAUCAAGAUCUUGAUGUGGUUUGGCAUUUCCAACUCAGCACUACAAACCAGGAACCGCUUGCAGCUCUCGUGAAUUUUUGUGACCUCAUAGAGGACUUCCACUGCCAGCUUUGCUGGUGAGCACUUCAAGCUGGUUCUCCUGAGUGGACAAAAGCAGGCAUUUGCAUAACAGGAAAUGGAAGAAACUGAAGAUUUUGUGGGUCAGGGACCACACCCAGUUGAUGAUGAUUUAUUUAAAGAGCCAAUGAAAAAAAGAAGACGUUCAGAUAGAGACCAGCGGUUCCGAGCAUUUCCCUCCGUGGAACAAAGUGCUCUUAAGGAAUAUGAAAAACUGGAGUCACGGACCAGAAGGGUUUUGAGCAAUACUUAUCAGAAACUUAUUCAUUCUGUCUUCCUGGAUGACAGCAUUCCUAAUGGAGUCAAGUAUCUCAUAAACAGGCUACUUGCCUUGAUUGAAAAACCAUCAUUGGACCCAAUCUACAUUGGAUUAUUUGGAAGCACAGGGGCUGGGAAGAGCUCCCUGAUCAAUGCCAUCAUCCAGCAAGCAAUGUUUCUACCAGUGUCUGGAGAAAGUAUAUGUACAUCGUGUAUUGUACAAGUGAGCUCAGGCUGCUGUGAACAAUACGAGGCCAAAAUCCACCUUCUCUCUGACCAAGAGUGGAAGGAAGAGCUGAAGAACUUGACUAAACUCCUGCACAGGACAGAGGAACUGGACAGAGAAGAGGCAGAUGCAUGGGACAGGGAUGAUGCAGUGGAGGAAGCCAUCUGGAAGCUACAAAUGCUUUAUGGAAAUGGGGCGGAAAGGAAGAACUAUGAAGAGUUACUAAGGGCAAAGCCCAAAGGAAAGAUUCCCACAUCCAGAAUCAUCACCCUCAAGGCAGAAGAGGCAGAAGAGCUGUCUGUCAAGCUGGACCCUUACAUCCGGACGCACAGGAGAGACUUGGAUGGAGAAUCAGCUGAGACACAAAUUUGGCCCUUGAUCAAACAUGUGGAAGUGACUCUUCCCAAAUCAGAGAUGAUUCCAGAAGGGGUUGUGCUGGUGGACAUUCCGGGCACCGGCGACUUCAACAGCAAGAGGGAUGAGAUGUGGAAAAAGACCAUUGAUAAGUGCUCAGUGAUCUGGCUGAUCAGUGACAUCGAAAGAGUUUCUGGAGGGAGAGCCCAUGAAGACCUUUUGAAUGAAAGCAUCAAAGCCUGCCAAAGGGGCUUCUGCAGGGACGUUGCCCUGGUGGUCACCAAGACCGACAAACUCCAUCUGCUGGAGUAUCUAAGGGAAAGAAAAGUGGGAAAUCAAGCUAUCCAGAGUCAGCGAGAGGCCGUUUUAGAAAGAAAUGAAGUGAUAAAACUACAAAGGAAUAGAAUUCUCAAGGAAAAGCUAAAGAGAAAACUGCCCGCUGACUCCAAGGUUCUGGAAGCCUCCGAUCUCGUGUACACAGUCAGCGCCCAGGAGUACUGGCAACAGGCUCUCCUCACCGAGGAGGAAACUGAAAUCCCCAAGUUAAGAGGCUAUAUCAGGAAGAGGCUCUUGGACAAGAAGAGGAGGAUGGUGACCAAGUAUGUUACUGAAGCCUUUGGUCUGUUGCUCCUCACGGACAGUUUCAACUGCAUGGAAAACCUGCCGAACGAAUUCUUGCACAUGAGUGGCCUGCGGAGAUUUGUGGAAGAGAAGAUACAGCUUCUGGAGAAGGUCAUUGACCAGUGCUUUGCCCACAUCAAACAGCCUCUGCAAGAAGGAGUCAGAAAUGCCAAGGCUUCCUACCGACGGAUCCUCGGGACAUGCCUGGUGAGGAGUAGAGGAAACCAGGGCUUUCAUCAGACUCUGAAAGCUGUUUGCCUGAAAAAUGGCAUCUAUGCCUCCAGGACUCUUGCAAGAAUAGAUCUGAACGAAGCCAUCACUCAGCCCAUCUAUGACCAGAUCGAUCCCGUUUUUGGAGGCAUUUUUAGAGCUGGAAAGCCCACUGGGUCAGCAUUGCUGCCUCACGUAGAAGCUUUUAAGCACUCUCUACAGGAGAAAAUGAUGGAAAUUGGAAUAAGAAGUGGCUGGAAAUAUGAUAGUGACAAAAAAAGUUUUCUGAUCCAGGAGAUAAGUGCCAUCCUGGGAGGCCUGGAAGAUUACAUCCUCAGAAAGAAGAGGAGGAUCUAUGAGUCUCUCACCACCUCUGUUCAGAGCGACCUGAAGGCCUGUUAUGAAGAGGCCGCUCAGAUUGCUGGCAAAAAAGCGUGUGAGAGAAUGAAAGACGUCAUCAGGAGAGGGGUGGACCGGCAGGUGGCCGAGGGCAUGUUUGAAAGGGCUCAAGAAAGAAUGCAGCACCAAUUUCAACAACUGAAGAAUGGAAUCACGGAGAAGGUGAAGGGAAGUAUCGCCACCAUGCUGACCCUUGCUUCAUCCCAGGGGGAUGGUCUCUACAAGGAGCUUGCAGACGUCAAAAGUGAAUACAAGGAGAUGGAGAAGCUACACAGAGGCCUGAGGGAGGUGGCUGAGAACGCGGUGCUACGGAGAGGCAUGCAGGAUUUCCUUCUGAAGAUGUCCCCGAGCAAAGUUGUUCCCCCCAAAUUAUAAACAUAAUUCAUAGGGAUUAGCACCAAGUAGAUGAAAAACAAGCCUGGAGCCAAACAACCAGAGUUACUUGUGUUUUUAAAAAUCUAAUAAAGAAUAUCUCCCAACUGUUUGGACUUUAUAUACAACAUACAACUCAAAAUACUGUUACUUCUGGCAUAAGCUGACUGCUGAAUAACAUUACUUCCUUUGUAUUCUGUAGCCAAAAAGCAUCAUCUUGAAUUCCUAAUGGAGUUCUAAAAUUUUAGGGACAAGAAGCUCAUGCUUCCGCAAAGAAAAAUAUCAAAACAUUGAACAACUUAACUAUUAUGGAAAUAAGCGUUGCAAAUAAAGCUUUAGGGACCUAAUUCUACUUCCCAUUUUAAUAUCUAUGACUCUUUUGGGUAAGGAAGUAACAUUGUGCCAUGGAAACAACAUGAAUUAGAGAACAGAUGAGAGACCUGGCUUUACCAUUUCCCAGGAGUGUUAUUUAUGGUCAGCGCUUCUCAAACAUUUUGAUCUCAGGACCCUACAC